AUGUCAGAUCCAUUGCUACCAAAAGAUGAUAUAACAUCUCUAUUCUAUGAUGAAAAUGAUAUCACUGUUCAUGAUAUUCAGGAUGUCAUCGAAAAUCGAAUAUAUCAACAGGAUAUCACUUGGAAAGCAUACAAAACAUCCCUUAAUUAUUGUUUCGAGGCUUUGAACAUGAUAUCCGAUCUAAUUAAACUACAAAUAUUCUAUAAUGAGUCAUGUGAGUUUGCAUUAUUAAAUACUGAUAUUAAUAAUAUAUUUAAUCGUGGAAAUGAAUUGCAUACAAACACUUCAGAUACCCAUAUUCCACAUAUCAGUUCAAUAAAGAAUUUAUCUGACGAUGUCUCUUAUCAACAAUGGAAGUACAAGGACAUUGCUUUAAAAUCUAUACAAAAAUCUAAUAAAUUAUUAUUUGGCUUAGAAUCUUUAAGUACAGGGUUAAUAGAGAUUAGAAGCUUUAUUGAUAAUAAUAUGGACAACUUACUUAAAGAUUCAAUGACUUUAUUGACUGAAAUUUGGUUCUAUAUGAUAAUAAAAUUGAAAUGGUUUAAACUACAAAUAAUUUCUAGUUUUAUUAAGGCCAAAUGUCUUUUAAUAAAUUUUGAGUUACAGUUAAUUUUGGAUUAUUUAUUGCAUUCUGAUCUAUAUAACAAUAAGACCGAAUUUAAAUCUGAAGCCACAGAUAAACUGAAACGUACAAUAAGCUCAUUCAAUACGUUCAUAUGUGAUAUUCUAGAAAAUAUUGACAAAUCAAUUGAAAACAAAGAUGAGGUGUUGUACAAUGAAUCCUUCAGAUUGUUUCUCGACAUCGAAAUAAUGUACAAUCAUAUCAAUUUUAAAUGGUUAAUACCUGAAGAUAUUCAAAGGGACGAGAACAAUCCAUUUUUUAUUGACGAUAUAUCGUUUAAUCCUUAUUUGAGUUCUAGUUUAAAGGAUGUCAAAAAAUUAGGACAUAUAAGUCAAUAUGUUAAUAAUAUGAUUGAUUUGAUCCCAGAUACAGAAACAGAGACAGAAAUAGAAAGUGUAUCACAUUCUCCCAUGAGAAGAACUAUGUUACACUCAAUAAAAGAACAACCACAAAAACAAGAAGAAGUAGAUGCUCGUUCAACCCCAAUAAAUUCACCUACAAAUUACUCUGGAUCUCCUUAUGGAAGUAUAUCUUACCAAUUACCCCAUUUAUUAAAUGCCUUUAACAAUGUCAAGCAAUUGGAGCAUGAUAUAGAAACAUCUCAAAAUUUAUUACUUAGAAAUAAAAAAGACAAAUUGAAUACCACAACUAGUACUUUCACCAAAACAGAAUUAAAUCCAAACACAAAAGAAAGGUCCCACUCUAUGUCAUCUUCUUUAUCCACCUCUUCCACAUUAUACUCUACUACAGGGUACCCUUCAUCAUCACUAACAAAAACGACAUUUAAUGAAAAUUCUAUCAAAACGCAAGCAUAUAACAGCAACUACAAUAGCAACAAUGAGAAUGCCAAUAUAGAUAUAGAUUCUGAUGUUAAGCUUAUAAGUACUGUCGGAUGUUUUUCAGCCCAAUUUCUAUCAAAUCCAUUAUCAAUCGGUAUCAAAAAUUCACCAAUUACUUCAUCCUCAAUAUUAAGUAAAUCCCAAAUCUUGAAAAAUGAUUUUCAGAUGUUAAUGUCUAUGGAGGACAAAACUUCAACUAUGAAUGGUAAGAUAUUGCUUGAUAAAAAUAAGUUUACCAAUUCAACAAUAAUCAACACAACUUCAAAUAUUUUUGGUUUUCAUAGUACAUUAUUGAAUAAUCUAUAUGGAAUCAAUGGAAGAAAAUCCUCAAAUGGUCUUCGCAAAAAAUCAGGACCACCAAGAUAA